GACGUGUACGUUCUUGAUUGUUUACGGUCCUAAACUUUGAAAAACUAAUAGCGUUGAAUUUAUUUAUAAACCCACCCACCUGCUUUAAUCAGCUUAGCUGUCUGCCAUAUCUCUUCUGAAUUCUGAUCCUCUCUCUGAUCCAACCUCUCCAUUCCUCAGCUGCUCAUUGAUCUCCUCCAAAUUCGCUGACUCACACCCAGAUUUUUGUUUUUGGGGGGUUUACCCUUUGAUUUGUCUGAAUCCUCCACGUUGAAUAUAUUAUCGCGUCUGCUUAAUCGCCAUCGUGGCUAAGAGAUUCGAGGGGUUUCGCGUAGGGUUUCGGAGAGCAUAGGAAAUAUGCCUUCGGUGCCCGUUCAAUUCUUGAUGGGUCCUUUCGUUCCUUCCUUGGCUUCCUUCCAUGGCGGAUUGUCUUCACAUCGUCUGAAAUAUCUCGAGAAAAGCGAUCGGCGUGGUAAUCUUAGUUAACAUUAGCUUUUUUUCGUUUAAAAUUUUCUCUUUUUCGGUCAUAUUUUCUGGGGUUUUCUCCUUUCUCGGCGGUCUGUACGAGAUUGCAAGGGAGUUUUUCUGGAAAUCAGAGAUCGAGAGCAAUUGGGAUUUUUCUUUCCCUGGUUUUGGAUCGACAAAGGCUGAAAAAGUUUGCAGCUGUUUGGCAGAUACUAAACACGCGUUCCGAGUUUGUGAUACCUCUUAAGAACUUGAUUUUGUCGAUGGACACUCAAUCUUGUGAUGUAAAUGUCCUUGGAGAUGCUCUUGAUAAGUCAUUAAAUAUCCAAGAAGCUCAGGAGACAGACUCUACAUCUGAUGGGCAUGAGGAAGAGGAAGACAUAUGCAAACAGAUUAAAACGUGUCAAGCAACUUCCUCUGAGAAGCGCUUAAACAAGAGUGUAACUUUCCCAUUUCCAAAGAUUAUGUUGCCUGCAAGUUCUUCGGAUGAGGAAGAUGAGGAGCGCGAAACAGGGUUGCAGGAACACUCUUCUAUGGACUCCAAGGAUCAGGCCCACUCACGAUCCAUAUCUUUGCCUACCCCUUUGGAGCUUGUAUCUGCCAUGAAAGGUAGCCGUGAGAAACGAGGGAUUCUGCGGGAGACACUGACAGUGAAAUGGGCUCCUGAUGUAUAUGAUCCACCGCCUACAUUGAUCUCACACCCAGUCAAAAGCAAGAGCUCCCAUAAGUAUAAAAACAAGAAGAAUGAAAAGAGAAAUGGGAGAAAAGGGCAGAGGAGCAACUCUUCACAAGGAGGCAGCGGCAAAGACAAGAAACAAAUUCGCAAAUCGGCCAAGAUUUCUGGUAAGUUUGGGAAUUAUGAAGUUGGCAGCUCCAACUCCUACUGUGGGAGUAGCUACCGUCAUAAAUCGCGCACUGAGGUGCACUACUCAAUUGCUGAAGCCUCAUGAAUCACAUUUUCGUUGGAUGUUCCAUCUGGUGUGUGGAUAAAUAAGUAUAAUCCUUUAAUGGUUUUGCGUUUGUUUUUAUUUUUGGUGGUCUGAGAACUAUGAAUGCUUCAUACAAAGUUUAGUUCAGUGUGUUGAUAAGCUCUACAACUUGGUUGAUAUAUGGUUUGUGAUGUUUUUGUAAAAUAUAAUAUAAUUAGCAGAUUGAUUUCUAA